AUGGCGGACUCCUCGAUCAAGCCCGACCCUGAUGCGCCAGGCGCAUCGCCCGGUGUGUUCGAAGAAGACGAUAUCUACGAAGAUGCGGGCGACCUCGAGUUCAAUACAGAUCCCAAAUUCCAGAAAUUAUAUCUUGCGCGGAUUCCAAAGCAUGUCUGGGAUGCUUGGUCCAAACUUGAUGACGAUGCAGAGAUCCAGAUUGGAACGAUCAGACAAGCCAACCUGGCCGAACAUCAGAUGAUUCCAAAGGAAUUCAUAUUGGACGUCACGGAACAAGACGUCAAGAAUACCUUCGUCUUUACCGAGCAAGACCUUCCAGGCUUCAAAUCUAAAUCCCGGAUGAAAUUCGACCCUGCAAGCGCGAACAUGCCGAGUAGGCUGAAUCGCGCAAAGAAUGAUAAGCCAGCAGCGAAACAAUACGAUCCUAAUAAGAGAUUCCAGCCAUACUUCAGGAAGGCAAUACCAAAGCGCACGACACUUGCAGGUAGGAUCGCGCACGAGGUGAACUGUGUGCCGGUAGACAACGAAGAGAACCAAAGGCUUCUCACGCUACGUACUUUCGAGGCCUCCCAACCUAAAGUCGAAGCCCAAUUUCUUGGGACUAAAGAUAUUACUACCGCUGGAAAAGGUUUCGUUCAACCUGGCACAAUCGCGGCGCAAACCAAAUGGGAUGAAUUCAUUAAGAAAGCAGGCCCUUCGACAGGCAAGAGACCGCAGCUCACGAAGACUGCACGUAUGCCUCAAAAUGAACUUCUGGACAAGAUAUUUGAUUGCUUUAAGAGGUACCAAUACUGGUCGAUGAAAGCCUUCCGCCAGGAACUUCAGCAACCAGAGGCAUAUCUUCGCGAGACGUUGGAACGGGUGGCUAUAUUACAUAAAAGUGGACGCUUCGCCACACAGUGGUCGCUGAAGCCGGAGAAUCAGAUGACUAAUUAUGAGGAUCUCGGCGAGAGCAUGGCGCCUACAACUGGGAUGGAUGGCGCUGAUGACUCGGAGUUUGCGGACGAUGACGAGGACGAGGACGAAGACAUCAAGUUUGAAGACGUUCCAUCCUGA